CAAACUUCGAGAAUUCUCUUGGCGCCCUUUCUCGACGAUGGCCGCCUGUUCAUUUGCGCGACAUGCUCAGCGUUCUAUUCGGCGUCCGCCCACGCCUGCCCUCACCAAGCGCCGAGCUCAGGUAAUGCUGACUCGCACUCGGCAGCGGAACCGAUUGUGGGGAGGAUGCCCCAGUGCAUCGCUCGCAGGAAGCAAGGCUGCAUCCGCGAAUGAUCGCGUGGUUUGUCUUGUCCCCCUUUUCUUUUUCUUUUCCUCGCGAGUUCCCGGGCUGCGAUCUUUGCCACGUCCGGCGGCCGAAGCGGCAUCGCAGCGCGUGCGCGCGGGCCAGGCUGGAACAGCAUCCCAUCCUCCCAAGCACCCUUACGUGCUCGCGCGCGAAAAAAAGAUCUGAUAUCCGUGGUAUCGGCGACAGUUCGGCGACCGCUGUUCGCUUGGCUGGGGCCUCGCGGUGAUCUCCUCUGGGGACAGUGGAUGCGAGCGCGCGAUUCUCUGGACCAUCCUCUCGGACAGCUUCUCAUCCCUAUGCACCUCCGCCCGAGGCAAGCCGCACCCGAAAAUCCGACGUCGCCCCACCACAACCGACCGGGACAUCUGAACCAAGCUUGGGAGGUUGCCGUCUCCGUCGUCCUCAUGCUCGUGUUUGGCCUCAUCCUCGGCACCGUCCUCUGGCACAACCGCGAGACGAAGCGGCGGAGGGCGCGCUUCCUCGCGGAGGCGCAGCACAGACGCGAGCGGCGGGCUGCCGCGCGCGAGAUAGCGCUGUCACGCGCGCCCUCGAGGCAGGCAGCGUUGUUGGUACGGCCGCCACCUGCGCCGACGAAGAUCACCAUCGAGUCUGACGUCGGGCCCGCCCGGUAUCAUAUAUAGGGACCGCUCCUGAACCGCAGCUGUGGGGCGCACCUGCCCGCUGCAGGCGCACCCACCAUCUCUACAUCUUAUCACCGCGCGUGUUCUACGUCUCCGAGAUGUGUUCAUCGUUUCGUACCCCGCAACAGAUUGAGAUCGAGUUGUUCUUUUCAUGCAGACCCAUAUCCUGACCGUCGAGUCGACUGCUUGCAUCUGACGUGCUUAGGAACUGUAAUCUCGUACCCGUCAUGACGGCCCGCACAAGCCCAAGCCCAAGCCCAGGUCCGUUCCCAGGCUCAGCCGUUUCUUCUCAUGAGGCAGCCUAUUUGGUCACAUGCACACGGACCCCCGGUCAUAAGAGCUUUGCGUCUGAUUUGCACCAUAUAUUGGACACGGAUCGCCCCCAGUGUGGAUCAUUUCCCUCAAACUCUAACGCAUUUGUAGCCCAAAUCCGGACCUAAAUUUUUUUCUCUGGCGUGCUAUCUGCCGUGAAAUGAGCCUAUCGUGGCUCGAAGCUGGGACCUCGGCCACGGCCUCACACCUCUUUUGGGCAUUUGCACUGAACUCUCUGCACUACCUGACUAACUGAGCUAAGGCCACUCCCGGGCGCUGAUUUGCGCUAUUCUGGACUAUGUACCACCCACGUCGUUGGUGACCGGGGGCCUCCGUGAACACGCAUGUGAGAGUACACAGCUCCCGUGACAUUCUUUCCUUCGAACGCAAACUAUAGACUCGCCCAGCCAUCCUUGGCACUGGUGGAUCGGCCAUCGUGGCGCCGGGCGGCUGCAGCCGAUCAACUGAGUGUGUGAGACAGGGGAUGACGAAUGAGGGGGUGAGUAUGAGUAAAAUGUUGCUAUAGGCAGUAUCCCUGCUUCCGAUUCCUGCGAGCUUAGAAGAAGAAGAGAUUUCAGAGUGAUAUCUAUGGGGUGUAACUACGGGAAAAGCUCAGACGGAUCUAUCAUGUCGAUGGGGGGCGACCGAGAAGGCCCCAUCCAACAGCGAUGAUGUGAUAUGGUACGACACAUCAAUCGGUUGUGCCA